GGAACGACAAUCAUAUUUUGCCUUACUCGAUAACACACAGUAAAUGAUGGAGCUAGCUGUGGGCAAAAUAUCAUUUUCUUCCCUUCCUAAGGUCAACGUAAAGCCGCAAGAGCAAAGAAGAAGACCAUCGUCCUUGGUAUCUUCUGCUCUACAUGAAACAGUGGCUUCAAUAGCAAUUGCUGCUGCAGUUGUUGGUACAGCAGCUACGAUUCUUGCGAAGAGAACCAAAGCUUCUGAGGAAGCAGAGGUUCCUAUGAAAAUAUGUGAAGCCUGUCGUGGUUCUGGGAUAUGUCCUGAAUGCAAAGGUGAAGGCUUUGUACUCAAGAAACUCUCAGACGAAAGUGCUGAGAGGGCAAGAUUGGCUUCUAAGAAUAUGGCCACUCGAUACACAGCAGGGCUUCCAAAGAAAUGGAGCUACUGCACAAAGUGCUCUUCUGCACGAUCAUGACUUGCCUGCAAUGGCCGUGGAAAGAUAGUUUUGCUCUAACCAUAUUUGUGCUUUGAAUAGAGGAGACUGCGAUAUGUAAAAGAAAAUUCGGCUUGUAGGCUUAUACUUCGGAAGAUUUAAGUGUUUUCUUUGUUUUGUAUUCUUCAACUGCUGAAUGCCUUGUAUAUCAAGUUAUGGGUGAUGUAUAUAUACUUUUGUAAU